CUUUAAUGAAUAAAAAACAUUAAUAGAAAGCUUUGCUUUUUGUGCGAACCCGAAUUUAAAGAGCGAAAAAAAGAAGGAUUUAUUUUUCGAACGGUAGCUUAAGCUUUAACUCUGUCUCUCUCUCUCUCUCUCACACAAACUAGAAUUCACCGUCUAUUCCUCUCUCUAAAUUUGUUUAUUCUGUUAAAGGAGGUAAUGGUGGUGGCUGCAGGGGGUGAUUGAUCAGAGAGGGGAGAUAUGGGGGCGUGCAUGUCCACGCCUGAGGGUUGCGUGGGAGGGAGAUUGAGGUCCUCCAAGAACAAGACCCGUAAAAGGAGGAGAGCAGUAUUCAAACAAAGAGUUCCUUCUCGGUUGUCUGAGGGAUCACAAGACAAGGUUGAUAGGCCUCCUACCUCUGAUCGAUCCUACAACAACCCCACUUUCCAAGGAAGCACUGAAGAGGCAUGGUUUGAUUCAGUAGCAAUUUUUGAGUCUGAUUGUGAUGAAGAUUACCAAAGUGUUCCAGAUGAUCUGAGUAGCUUUGAAGGUGUAGCCAGAUCAAGUGUUUCAUCUCUGAGAGAUGCCAAUCAUGGAGACUAUGGUGUCAAUAACCAUCAAACUUCUUCCACCAGUCAUAUGCAUAAACCAGGGGUUUUGUCGAGAAAUUCGGUGUAUAACUCUGUUGGUGAGGUUUCUAAAACAUCGAAUGUUCAAGUCUUGAAUUUGGAUGAUGUUGAUUCACAAUCAAAACGUGAUGGAAGUUCAAAUGAAGCAAACCGACCUGUAUUCCUCAAUGAAAUCUCCUCAUCCAUGGAGGGAAGUCCUGGCAAGGAGGAAGGAAUGUUAGACAAUUGUGGGAUUCUUCCAAGCAACUGUUUACCUUGUCUUCCAUCCACUGUUCCCUCUGUUGAAAAGAGAAGAUCAUUGAGCUCUAGUCCACCAAGUUUAAGAAAAAAGGGAACCUUGAAACUUUCCUUCAAAUGGAAAGAAGGAAAUGCGGAUGGCACUCUACUUUCCUCAAAAAUGCUUCUACAAAGACCAAUAGCAGGUUCCCAAGUACCUUUUUGCCCAAUAGAAAAGAAAAUGUUUGAUUCUUGGUCAUCUAUUGAUCCCAAUACUUUCAAAGUUCGGGGUUUGAAUUAUCUUAGGGACAAGAAGAAGGAUUUUGCUCCCAAUUAUGCUGCAUAUUAUCCCUUUGGUGUUGACGUAUUUUUAUCUCAGCGAAAAAUAGAGCAUAUUGCUCGUUUUGUUGAACUACCUGUUAUUAAUUCUUCUGGAAACCUCCCACCUAUCCUCGUUGUAAAUGUUCAGAUACCCUUGUACCCUCCCGCACUUUUUCAGGGUGAAACUGAUGGAGAAGGAAUGAAUUUCGUUUUAUACUUCAAGCUCUCUGAUAAUUACUCAAAGGAGCUUCCAUCCAAUUUUCAAGAAUAUAUCAGAAGGUUCAUGGACGAUGAAGUUGAAAAGGUCAAAGGUUUUCCUAUGGAUACAAAUGUACCCUUUCGGGAAAGGCUGAAGAUAUUGGGCCGUGUUGUAAAUGUGGAAGAUCUUCAUUUGAGUGCGCCAGAGCGGAAGAUUAUGCAUGCUUACAAUGAAAAGCCUGUUCUUUCACGUCCUCAACAUGAGUUCUACUCGGGAGAAAAUUACUUCGAGAUUGAUAUAGAUAUGCACAGAUUCAGUUAUAUCUCUAGGAAAGGGUUUGAGGUAUUCCUAGACAGACUAAAGCACUGUAUCUUGGAUGUUGGCCUCACAAUUCAGGCGAACAAAGCAGAAGAGUUGCCAGAGCAGGUCUUAUGUUGUAUACGACUAAAUGGAAUUGACUACACAAAUUACCAGCAACUUGGGCUUAGUCAAUAGCCCCCUUAAGAUUACUACCAAGUCCUUUAACAGUGUAAGACAACGUUAAUAAUUAACGAAGGCUAAUUUCUGAGAAUUUCUGUUGCAUUUUGUGCUUGCUUGUAUACUUUCUGGAUUCAGAUCCCUUAGGAGAGCCUAACAUGGGAGAGAGAUAGACAUAUGUUGUGAGGCUCACUUCAUGUGUUUAUCUUUCUUCUAUUCUAAGCUUUAGAGUUGUUGUAGAAACUCUGAAUCCUAAGUGAUCUAAAUCCAUAUUUUCCCGUCAUCUGCAACAUAUGAAGGCAGCAACUGUGCAUGAAUCACAAGCAUAAGGACGUACUCCAUGCAAUUUUCACAAAUGGUAAAAGCAUUCCCUCUCCGAUGAUCUCCAUAUUCACUGGCAUGCAAAUUAGUGCAUGACCGUUGCUCAAAAACAUCUCUGGUCCAGAGAGAGCGAAAGAGUAGAUGGGUCUAUGUAGUGAUCAUAGCUAUACUGCCAGAUGUUGUGAUAGAAACGGAUGAAAUCUUAUCCAAACAAUAUAGUGACUAGUCUGAGAAGCACAAAAGACAGGUUUUUCAUUUGCCUAAUUUGUAACUCUUGUAAAAGUCACAAAUUAAGUACGCAUAUUCGAUCCUUCGUUGUGUAUUAUUUAUAACUUAGGCAGUCAUGAUUCCUAAGUUGAAUAAAUGUUCUUUCUGGUCUUUGACACAUUGAAACGUGGUGGGGAAUAUAGUAUUUGAAGUGAACAAGCAUUUAUAA